ACAACAUAAGCAUUACUGUGAAUGAUAUGGAUAUAUCUGUUACUUUAUUAACCAGUACUCCAGCAGCAACCUUCAACAAGGAAAGCACAAAGCCUGCACAUAACUAUGAAUCUACUAUAGAGCAGCAAGACAUGGAAACCAAAGCAAAAAGUACACAAGAUUCAUUGAAUAAUCCAGUUAACAUGGAUAUGACCACACCAUAUCCUGGAACAAAUAAUGGAGAGAAGGUAGAAAUUGAUAUAGGAAACACAGUGAAAUCGGGAACAAAUAGCAAAGUGACAACGGUGACCAUAAGCCCAUCACACUUUGAUACAGAUGAAAAACUGAAUAAGGAAAUGAUAACCUACAGUUCUACAACUAAAAAAACAACUGAACAACCACCAGCAAGCACAGAUCAAAUAUUGCUCCUAACUUCUCACCAAAGCAAUGGAGUAUUUAGUGAAUCAAUUUUCAAAACUACAAAAAAUGCAUAUGUAAAUGAAGCAUCCUUUGCUACUGGAAGUACUGAAAAGGCUUAUUCACUUCAUGAUGAAGCUGAUAAUGUGAACACAAUUUUUCCAGCAGGCACUGCUAAAGUGGAAACUAAUAAUGAAUCUAAAACCACUGUACCCUUCAGUGAUAAGCAGACUGUUUCUGUAGAUACAACCAGUGUUGGUACUGAUUCUGCCAGUACCACACAGCUAGCACAAACUUCUAUAAUAAUGGCAACAGAUACAAAUUCAAAGGAUAGUUACAGCAUAUCUUUCAGAACAGAAGCAAAGGCAUUUGGUAUAACAACUGAAACCCCUAAGAUAGACCAAGCAGUAAGCACUUUGCAUACUACACAGGCACCUCUAAAAGAUUCAACAAAUACACCUAGAUCAAUGGAUACCACUAAAAAGGAAACUAUUCCUCAGUCAACAACAGUGACAGAGGUCACAAACACUAAAGAGGAACGUUUACCAACCACAGAUGACAACAGAAAUGUUUUUAGGAUUUUAACUACUGCUUUCACAAACCUUGUAUAUUCUACAACUCCAGGAGAGGACAAAUCAGUACCAAAUAUAUUUGCAAUACAACAAACUAGUGCAAAAAUGGACACAAUAUAUGCAACACUGACAGAGAAACAACAUUCAACUCAUAUAACACUAACAGAACAAACUACAACACUGAGUACUCCGUCCCUGCAACCCACCAAUGAGCAAAGUACACAGCAGCCACCAGACACAACACUUAUUAAGGAAAGUAGUUCAAAAUCAAUUAAAAAUGUAGCUUUCACUGAGAAAAUACCUUACACAGUCACAACCAGCAGUACACAUAAAUCCUCCUCUGAAAGUGAGACAUCAACUUUGAGACAGACGCCUGACACUCUGCAUAUGACAACAGAUGACUUACUGAUAAAAAAAGAAACGAAUACAGAACAUUUGGAUAUUUCAUCUGUUACUACCAAAGAUAAAAUAAGAGAAUGGCAGACCACAGAUAAUACAAAUAAAGUGUCUUCUACAUCCACUAUUCAAGAAAAUUUGACAACAUUGAAGGAAAUUACAGAAAGUAAAAGUGAAAAUCCUGUCUCUAGUAUAUCUGUACAAAAUACAAGGGAGACCACAGAAGCAACUGACAAAGUCCAGUCUCCAACAACUGCUGAAGGAAAGCUAUUGUCAGCAAUACCCAGCGAUGCCACAGAAAGAAACAACCAAAACAUAGUAACACAAAUUAAUAAAAUCAGUACUGAUACACCAACUGAAGUGAAUAGUGUAAUGGUUGCUACAGAAAAAGCCUCAAAUAAUGCAGAUUACGUAGCUGUGCCAGGAGAAACAGUAAAUGAACUUUUGCCUAAUUCUACAUCUAGUACCACAUCCAUAGAAAGUACUACAGAUAAAUUGCAAACAACACUGCAACCCAAAGUGGAAAUGACUAAGGUGUUGCCUGUUAAUGAAGUUACUGAUGUUAAAGAAGCAACUACUAAAUUUUCGCAAGCAACAUUGUACACUACAUUGUCUAUUGACCAUAAAACAGAUUUGUCAACAGGAGAAUCAAAUGAUGUAACAAAUGCCAUAAGCACAGCUGAAAUAAUUAAAGAACAUACUGAUCCAGCAAAGCCCAAUGGCAUAACAACCCAACAGUCUGCUGAAAAGAAACACGCAGUCAGUCAAACAACAAUGUACAGGCUAGACCUACAAACCUCACAAAUACAGAGUACAACCUUGCCCUUGAAUAUGACCUCAGAUAGUAAAACUGGUUUAAAUCCAGUGACAGCUGAAAUGCUCACAAAUCCUAGUUUAAUAACUACCGACAGUUCACAAAAAUCUGUUUUAACCAGUGAGACUUCCACUUCUAGGCAGACCAUAAACUUACCCGAAACAUCACAGAUGCCAACAACCUACCAUUCUGAUAUGUCCUCUACCACUGCAAUAGACAUUCUAAAAGCAAGGCAUACCACAGAAAAUAUAAACGCAGAUCAGUUUCCAUCAACUAUUCAAGGAAAACUGUUAACAUCAAAAGACAUUACAGAAAGUGAGAUAAUUAAGACAGUAACACCAACUUCUAAAAUAAGCACUGACGUUCCAUCAGGAAAAGAAUUUACAGAACGUGAGAUAUAUAAUACAGUAACACCUACUGCUAAAAUGACCACUGAAGUACCAGUAGAAAAAGAAGUUACAGAAAAUCAGAUAUAUAACACAGUAAUGCCUACGACUAAAAUGAGCACUGAAGUACCAGUAGAAAAAGAAAAAGUUACUGAAAAUGAGAUAUAUAACACAGUAAUGCCUACGACUAAAAUGAGCACUGAAGUACCAGCACAAAAAGAAAAAGUUACCGAAAAUGAGAUGUAUAAUACAGUAAUGCCUACUACUAAAAUGAGCACUGAAGUACCAGUAAAAAAAAAAGUUACAGAAAAUGAGAUAUAUAACACAAUAAUGCCUACUACUAAAACAAGCACUGCAGGACCAGCACAAAAAGAAAAAGUUACUGAAAAUGAGAUAUAUAACACAAUAAUGCCUACCACUAAAAUGAGCACUGAAGUACCAGUAGAAAAUGAAAAAGUUACAGAAAAUGAGAUAUAUAACACAGUAAUGCCUACUACUAAAAUGAGCACUGAAGUACCAGCACAAAAAGAAAAAGUUACCGAAAAUGAGAUAUACAAUACAGUAAUGCCUACUACUAAAAUGAGCACUGAAGUACCAGUAGAAAAAGUUACAGAAAAUGAGAUAUAUAACACAGUAAUGCCUACUACUAAAACAAGCACUGAAGUACCAGCACAAAAAGAAAAAGUUACUGAAAAUGAGAUAUAUAACACAAUAAUGCCUACCACUAAAAUGAGCACUGAAGUACCAGUAGAAAAAGAAGUUACAGAAAAUGAGAUAUAUAACACAGUAAUGCCUACUACUAAAAUGAGCACUGAAGUACCAGCACAAAAAGAAAAAGUUACCGAAAAUGAGAUAUAUAAUACAGUAAUGCCUGCUACUAAAAUGAGCACUGAAGUACCAGUAGAAAAAGUUACAGAAAACGAGAUAUAUAACACAGUAAUGCCUACUACUGAAAUGAGCACUGACGUACCAGUAGAAAAAGAAAAAGUUACAGAAAAUGAGAUAUAUAAUACAGUAACGCCUAAAACUAAAAUGAGCACUGAAGUACCAGUAGAAAAGGAAGUUACAGAAAAUGAGAUAUUUAACACAGUAAUGCCUACUACUAAAAUGAGCACUGAAGUACCAGUAGAAAAAGACAAAGUUACAGAAAAUGAGAUAUAUAACACAGUAAUGCCUACUACUAAAAUGAGCACUGAAGUACCAGUAGAAAAAGAAUUUACAGAAAAUGGGAUAUAUAACACAGUAAUGCCUACUACUAAAAUGAGCACUGAAGUACCAGUAGAAAAAGACAAAGUUACAGAAAAUGAGAUAUAUAACACAGUAAUGCCUACGACUAAAAUGAGCACUGAAGUACCAGUAGAAAAGGAAGUUACAGAAAAUGAGAUAUAUAACACAGUAAUGCCUACUGCUAAAAUGAGAACUGAAGUACCAGUAGAAAAAGAAAUUACAGAAAAUGGGAUAUAUAACACAGUAACACCUACUACUAAAAUGAGCACUGAAGUACCAGUAGAAAAAGACAAAGUUACAGAAAAUGAGAUAUAUAACACAGUAAUGCCUACGACUAAAAUGAGCACUGAAGUACCAGUAGAAAAGGAAGUUACAGAAAAUGAGAUAUAUAACACAGUAAUGCCUACUGCUAAAAUGAGAACUGAAGUACCAGUAGAAAAAGAAAAAGUUACAGAAAAUAAGAUAUAUAAUAAAGUAACAUCUACUACUAAAAUGAGCACUGAAGUACCAGUAGAAAAAAAAGAAGUUACAGAAAAUGAGAUAUAUAAUACGCCUACUACUAAAAUGAGCACUGAAGUACCAGUAGAAAAAGAAGUUACUGAGAAUGAGAUAUAUAACAAAGUAACACCUACUACUAAAAUGAGCACUGAAGUACCAGUAGAAAAAGAAGAAGUUACAGAAAAUGAGAUACAUAACAAAGUAACACCUACUACUAAAAUGAGCACUGAAGUACCAGUAGAAAGUAGUACAAUUUUUGUAGCUAAAGAGACCGCUACACAUAAUAUAGAUUCUAUAGCUGUCACAAAGGAAACAUCAGUGAGCACAUUGAAAACACCCCAGGAUCAAAGUACUGCAGAUUCUAAUGCUAAGCAUACAACUCCAAAAUUAGAGGGAACUGCAGUUACAACUCCAAGAUUAGAGGGAACUGCAGUUACAACUCCCGGAUUAGAGGGAACUGCAGUUACAACUUCAAGAUUAGAGGGAACUGCAGUUACAACUUCAAGAUUAGAGGGAACUGCAGUUACAACUUCAAGAUUAGAAGGAACUGCAGUUACAACUCCUGGAUUAAAGGGAACUGCAGUUACAACUUCAAGAUUAGAUGGAAGUGCAGUUACAACUCCAGGAUUAGAGGGAACUGCAGUUCAACAUAAGAGCACUCCAAAGGGCCCAACAAAACACACACCUGGAAGUGGUUUGACAACUACUUCAUCUCAUUCUUCUCCUGGAAAAGACAGCGGAACAUCUCCAAAGACUCAAACUAUGGAUCGCUCAACAAAUAAAAUGGAUGAAUAUUCCACCACUGCUCCUUUCACCACAAGGAAUCCAAACGAAAGUAAAUCACAAACUAGCACAAACCCUACUACAAGACAUGCUGAUGAUAUUAUAACUAAAGACACAGCAGAAACAACAACAACUGGUCAAUCUGUUAAACUGACAACUAGACAACCAGACAUGGAUCAGACUACUAAGCAACCGGGGCAAAGGCCUAUACCAGGUGAAGGUUCAAGUUAUGAAGCAACAACCAAACAAUCGCCAAAUGCAAAAACAACAUCCAUACCUAGGCGUACCACAACAGCACCAAACCAGAAAGAUUCCUUUACAACUAUGCCUAUUAACAAGGAUGACAUUGAAACAAAUAAAACCACCACACCUCAUACAAUUCACCCACAUCAUAUUUGUAAUUUGCUUAAGGAUGAAGCAAUUAGUUUGAGAAUACCCGAGAGUGACUUGAAGCUUAUUACAGAAAUAUGUGCUGAGAUGCAACAACAGUAUCCUAAUAUAAAUAUACCAUCAUUACAAACAAGACAACCAAAUAUAGAUAAGAGAAAGAUUCAUCCUGAAUACCCAUUAUCUGAAGGGACACCAAAUUUCUGGUAUCAACCACCAGGAUCAAAACUUAUUCAGAUCAUAGAGGAAAUAUACAGGAGAAUAUAUAUUUCACCAACAACAAAUUUAACAGGAAUACCUGGCCAGGACAACCAUAGGUCAACAGCAUGGCUAUUGCUGAUAAACAAAAUCAAGCGUGCCAUUGACCCUCAGAUGAAUUUGUGCGUUGGACCACCAGCGGAUGGAAUGACUACUCUUCAGAAUGGAUCCAUGGUGGUAUUUCGAGGUCAUUACUUUUGGACACUUAAUCAGGGUGGAGCAACAGAAAUGCCUCGUAAAAUUAGUGAAGUAUGGGGAAUUCCAUCUCCAAUUGACACAGUAUUUACAAGAUGUAAUUGUGGUGGCAAGACAUUCUUUUUUAAGGGUCCACGCUACUGGCGCUUUACUAAUGAUGCUAUGGACAAAGGAUACCCUAAAGAAAUUAUCAAAGGGUUUGGAGGACUUGGGGGUAAAGUAACUGCUGUACUUUCAGUGUCUGGAAUUAAAACAAGACCGGAGUCUGUCUAUUUCUUUAAACCAGGUGGAAAUGUUCAAAAAUAUACAUUCCGUCAAGAACAGACCAAACGGUGCACCAAAAAGAAACAGCCUAGUGUAAAUUAUCCUAUAUACUCCCAGAGGGUUCAGACUGUGAAGUUCCGCUUUCCACGAGACAUUGUGAGACAUCGCAUAGAGAUACGCCGUACUUUCACUAAUAUACCACAACCUUUAGGAAUCCUUCACAAAGAACGUUCAGUUCGCUCAACUUGGAGAGGUAUCCCUAGCAACAUUGUCUCUGCUGUAUCACUACCUAAUCCCCAAAAGCAAGAUGGAUUUGAUUAUUUUGUCUUUACUAAAGACAAAUAUUACAACAUCAACAUGUCAAGCAAAGUUGCCAUGAAACCCCCAGCUGAGGCUGAGCAGAAAACAACAAAGGACUUUUACAAGUGCAAAGAAUGAAAGGAAGAUACCAAGUUGUAAAUUUGAAUUAAACAUUUUUGAAGGAUCACUAUAUGGUAUUAAUUUGCUUCAACCCUAAAGUUUAGACUACUUGUUAUGAAUGCAAGACUGGUAUGCAUCUAUGUUUGUUCUCCAGCAGAUGACUAUUGUGAAAAAAACAUUGUCCACUCAAGUUAAAUAAUAAAAGUUCAAUAAGCUUAGUAAAUGAAGUGAAACUGUUAUUACUUUGAUUAUUCAGUCUCGUGCAAGGGAUAUUUAAAAUCCAGAACAGGAUUUUUUCAUGCAGAGAUUUGGAUGAUAGAAGUGAACACUGCUUUACUGUGAUAGGCUAAGUGACUUUACACUUUGGCAAGAGUCUCUGCUUCUUAAGUAAAACAAUCCCAGUGUUGUUUUAGCUUUUAGCUCAUUCAGUCUAGGCAAAACAUUGCCACAAGUAUAUAUAACACAACACAGCAGUAGGAAUUUGAAACAGCAGUAUACAAUGCCAAUAGGCUUUAUUAAGACCAACUAAGUGAUGUAAUUUUUUUGGCUGCCUGGAUCAAAACAGCACUACCGGAAGGUAAUAAAAAAGCAGAACUACAGUACAAUUUUUUUAUUUCUGUCUGUAGAUGAAUGUUUGAGGGAAGGGGAAAUUUAUAGGAGCAUAUUUGCCAGUAAAUGUAUUGACCAAAUGUGAGUGACCAAAUCAGAAAAGUACGGUACAUGUAUUUAAACACAAGUUUGUUUCUUAUAAAAAUGUUAAUAAAUUAUAUUUGAAUGUG